GCAAGAUCGGCCAGAUUGCCCUUUCUAAGACCUCUAAAAAUCGAUUGGAGCAGGAAAGGACGUUUGCACUCAGGAACAAAGCGGGUUCUUGCAUCCGCGGCCAGAAGCUCAACGUCACUUUCGCAUUUGCCAUGCUCAAGAGCGACAAGAGCGUGCCGCAGUACCGGACGUUUGACGCGCCGGCCAAGGCCGACGCGCCGCACCCGCAAGACACCUCGAACGUCUUUACGUGGCUCUCGUUCGACUGGGUCCAGCCCUUCCUUCGCGUCGGCAACACGCGCCAAUUGGCGCCCGAGGACAUGUGGCCGCUCCAAGAGGUCAACCGUGUCGGCCGCCUCGCCGGCGAGUUCAAGGUCGUGUACGAGCACCACAACAAGGGCAUUCUGACCUCCUUCUUCGCCAUCUACUGGGGCCGCUUCAUCGUCCUCGGCUUCAUGCAGCUCUUCACGGUGCUCGCCGACUUGUACGGCCCCGGCUACGUUCUCGGCGAGAUCAUUCGCGCUGUCGAAGCACCCGUUCUUGACACAACCUAUGUGCUCCAGCUCAUCGGGUCGCUGUACGUCAGCCAGCUCAUCAAUGCCUUUGUCAAGUCGCACAUGAACUACAUGAACGACGUCAUUGGCAUCCAGUUCUCGUCGUCGCUUCGGUCCAUGCUCUUUGAGAAGGCGCUGCUUCUCAACGCAUCCUCCAAGAAGGAGAAGACCGCCGGUGACAUCGCCAACCUCUUCUCGAUCGACGUCAUCAACGUCAUGAGCUUUGCGCUGAGCAUCCACCAGAUCUGGAUCGUGCCGUGCCAGGUCGGCUUUGUGCUCUACCUUCUCUACAAGAUCAUUGGCUGGUCGAUCUUUGUCGGUCUCGGCGUCGUCGCCGUCAUCUUGGUCAUUAACGCUGUCCUCGCCAUCAUGCUCGGCAGCGAGGAAGAGCGCCUCUUCAAGCUCAAGGACGACCGCAUGAAGGUCGUCAACGAGGUCUUUGGCGCAAUCCAAAUCAUCAAGUUCAACGCGUGGGAAGAAAAGUUCCAGGCCAAGAUCCGCCAGCUGCGUGCCAUCGAGCUCGGCUCCAUCGCGCGCUUCUUCCGCAUCGUCAUCGUCCUCAUCUCGUUCAUGAACUGCACCCCCGUGCUCGUCACCGUCCUCGACGCGUGUGCGCUGCAGAGCGAUCUCGCGUCGCUGCCGGCCGGCGACCGCACCGAGAUUGGCCAGAAGGGCAUCAACCUCAGCGGCGGCCAGAAAGCGCGCAUCGCUUUGGCCCGAGCGUGCUACAGCGACGCCGACAUCUUCAUUUUGGACUCGCCCUUGUCGGCCGUCGACGCGAUCGUGGCCAGCGAGAUCUUCACCAAGUGUUUCCUCGGCCUCUUGGCCAAGAAGACAGUGCUGCUCGUGACGCACAACCCCGAGAUCAUCGAGUCGGCGGCGGUCGCCCGGACGCUGCUCGUGCAAGACGGCCAGCUCAUCGAGUCAACGCACGACUCGCCGCGCACGCGUCAAGAAGCAACGUCGGCGGUGACGCCGCUCAAGGCCCGGACGCCGUACUGGGAAGAGUCGGAGAUCAUCGAGUACCCGGCACCGGGGCCACGUCACGAGAUGCUGGUGACGCCGUCGCUGCGCACGCCGUACAGCUACAACGCGCGCGAGAUGCUGUACACGCCGCGCGAGCCGGUGGCGGGCGAGUCGUUUGAAGAGUCGGGUCGUCUCAUUGCCGACGAAGAGCGGGCUGAAGGGCGUGUCUCCAAGGAGGUCGUGGUCGCCUACCUUGGCGCCAUGGGCGGCUGCUGUACGUUUGUGGUGAUUGCGUUCACAACGAUCGCGAUGCAAGUGCUGAAAGUCGGCAGCGACCUCUGGCUCACGCGCUGGGCUAACGAGAGCGAAGGCGAAGACGCAGCGACCUUUGCCGCCAGCUCGGAGCUCGGGAUGGGUAUUUACGCAGGCCUCGCGCUCGGCAGCUGCGCCAUGAUCACGCUCCAGACCGCGUCCGUCUUUGUCUACGGCCUUCGCGGCUCUCAAAAGCUCUUUGACGCAAUGCUUUCGAGUCUCCUUGAGGCACCGAUGCGCUUCUUCGACACCAACCCGAUCGGGCGGAUUCUCAACCGCUUUGGCGACGACGUCGGGUCCUGUGACAUGGGCAUUCCGUUCUCGCUCGGGCCGAUCUUGUUUGAAGUCUCGUCGGCGAUGUUCACGCUCGGGACGACGCUCAUCAUCACGAAGUGGCUGGGUCUCCUCGUGCUCCCGCUGCUCGUUGUCUACUACAAGUACGGCGCAUUCUUCCUGGAGCCGCUCCGCGAGGUCAACCGGAUUUGGAAGACGACCCGGUCGCCGCUCAUUAGCUUGGUCUCCGAGGGCAUUGACGGCUCGACGACGAUCCGCGCGUUUGGCGACAAGCAGCUGCGCCGGUUCUACCGCCUCCACCACCGCAAGAUUGAGACCUUCUGCGAGUGCCGGUUUGCGUACAGCUGCAUCAACCAGUGGUUCUCAAUUCGCAUCCAGCUCAUCUCCAAUACGAUCGUGGCGCUCAUUCUGCUCUCGAUCGUCUUCCUCCACGAGUCGCUGAGCCCCGGUAUCGUCGGCCUCUUGAUCACGUACGGCCUCUCGAUUCCCGGCAACCUCGCGUACCUCGUCAACAUUUGGUCGCAGCUCGAGACGUCCAUGAUCUCGCCCGAGCGCAUCCACGAGUACAUCAACAUCCCGAAAGAAGGCGACCGCACAACGCAUGCGCAGCUCGCACCGCACUGGCCCACGACCGGCGCCGUCGCCUUUGACAACGUCAGCUUCCGCUACAAGCCCAACGACCCGCUCGUGCUCCAGAACGUCUCGUUCACGGUUGCGGGGGGUGAGAAGAUUGGCAUCGUGGGCCGCACCGGCGCGGGCAAGAGCAGCCUCAUGAUGGCGCUCUUCCGCAUGAACGACGUCGCAUCCGGGUCCAUCUCGAUUGACGGCGUCGACAUUGCCUCUGUGGGUCUCCGCACGCUGCGCAGCCACCUCGCGAUCAUUCCGCAAAACCCCGUCCUCUUCAAGGGCACGCUGCGCAACUACUUGGAUCCGUUCGACGAGUACGACGACGCAGCGCUCUGGAAUGUCCUCCGGAAGGUGCAGAUGGUCGACCGCGUCUCGCAGCACGACGAGAAGCUCCUCGGGCCCGUGGACGAGAACGGCGAGAACUUUAGCGUCGGCGAGCGCCAAAUGCUGUGCAUGGCCCGCGCGCUCCUUCGGCAAGCCAAGGUCGUCGUGCUGGACGAAGCGACGGCGGCCAUCGACCACGCGACGGACAAGGUGCUGCAGCGCGUGAUCCGCACCGAGUUUGCAACGUCGACGGUGCUCACGAUCGCGCACCGCUUGGACACGGUCUUGGACUGCGACCGGAUUCUGGUGUUUGACCAAGGCGCGUUGGCACAGAGCGGGACGCCGCAGGCGCUAGUAGCCGCGGGCGAUGGCAUCUUUUUCGAGCUCGUCCACGAAGGCGGGUACAUGGACAAGAUGACCGUCCACCGCACCGACGAAGACGAAGCGUGAGCAGUUUACGAAGUAGCUCUUUAAACACCGAACGCAGGUUGUUGCAUGUUGCUUUCGUCUCGG